CAUUAUUUCCCUCGCUGUAUUCCAUCUGGAGUCGACUUUCGCUCAGUCAUCCACAGAAGGCGCCGCUCGCUGCUCAAGUAAAGAUGCCGUACACUUCGUGGGUCUCGUGUUUGUGGAUUACUUUGCUGCUAAGCUGCACGGGCAUGGCUGGCGCGAGGAGACCUGAGUCCUCAGCCUCUCUGGGCAGCCUGUUCCGCGCUAGGUGUGCCGCGAGAUGCCUCAGCCUCUAUAACACUCGCAUCGCCUCCUCCUACAGGAUCGCGCAGGUGAACGGCUCUCUGGGCUGGUGCCAGGACCACAAGCAGUGUGCCAAGUGCUUGGAGCCAUGCAAGGACUCCUGGGAGCUGCGGGAUGGGCCAUGUCGUGAUCUGUGUGAGGGGUCGUUUCCUAGGAAACAUGGGGAGUGUGUGACGAGCUGUGAGUUCCUGCGCUCGGUGAUGGCGGAGAAGCAGGGCGAGUGCCCCCCGCCCGAGCGGGCCAGCGGUUUCGCCGCCGCCUGCGUGGAGAGCUGCGAGGAGGACGGCGAGUGCUCCGCUCACAAGAAGUGCUGCUCCAACGGCUGCGGCCACACCUGUCAGCAGCCCAAGAACCUCUACAGGGGUGCACCUCUGAAGCCGCGCAAGGAGCUGGCGUUCGAGGAGUUGCCGCGCGGCGGCCUGGAGGUGCGCUGGUCCUCACGCUUCAACGUGUCGGCCGAGCCUGUGGUGUACGUGCUGGAGCGCCGCUGGAACUACGGCAUCCAGCCCAGCGAGGACAGCGCCACCCCAUGGGAGGUCGUGGCACAGACCACGGAGGAGCGGGCCAGUCUACCAGACACGCGGCCCGGCAGGUGGUACCAGUUUAGAGUCUCUGCCAUCAACGUCCAUGGAACCAGAGGACCCACCACACCCAGCAGACACUACCGAUCCACAAAAGACCCUGCUGCUCCCUCCACCCCUAGUGACCUCAGGCUGGUGAACUUGACCGUUGGCGCCGAUGGCGCUCUGACUGCCCGUCUGGGCUGGGCUUUGCCCAGCGACCCUGACAUCCCUGUGCACCACUACAGGGUCUCCUGGAGCUGGACUGGAAACGCAGGGGCUGAGUCACCCCCGAGAGUCAAACGCAGGAAGACUGCUACUGGGGACGCGGUGGGUGUGGAUGUGGAGGGCCUGAGAGAGGAGCGCAGCUACACGGUGGAGCUGCAGGCGCUCUCCUACUGGGGCCAGCUGCCCCUGCGCAGCCCCCGCGCCACGCUCCGCUUCAGCACGCCCAGCAGACCAGCCACAGAGCCCCCAACUGACCGGUCUCCUGCCGGGAAACAGUCGUCUGACCUCAUGGAUGUGGGAACGCCAUUCUACCAGGACGGCCAGCUGCAGGUCCGAGUCUAUUGGAAGAGGAGAGAUACCUCCGUGGGGCGCUACCGUGUCCAGUGGACUCCUGAGGUCUGCAGCCAUAACCAGACCAGAACCACUGAGAAGAUCAACACCGAGGAGAAUUUUGCCAGUCUGCCCAACCUGCUGUUCUCGUGUAAGUACACAGUGACCAUCCAUCCCGCGGGCACCAAGGGCCGUGCCCAGGCCGAGAGCACCAGCUUCUACACCCCUUCCUGUGCCACUCUCCGUGCCAAGAGCUCCAAACAUAUCCCCUGCCCUGGAGACAUAAUGGGUCUGUCUCUCCCUAAGACGUCCGCUCGGGCUGAGAACCUGACGGCCUCGUUCUCCGUCCAGCAGGGGAACGUGACGGCGCUCUUCUCCUGGAGCGUGGCUCCGACCCGCCCGCCUCCGCCGGUCACCGGCUUCCAGGUCACGUGGACGGAGAUGAUGGGUGAGGGCCGCAAGAACGGCCUGCCCAACAGCCUGGUGUCUCAGUCGCAGAUCCUGCCCCCAGACCACAGGCUCCUGCUGGUGUCGGGGCUGCAGCCAGCGUCUCUCUACCGGCUGGAGGUCCAAGUGCUGACGGCCACCGGGGAGGGACCGGCCACCCUCAGGACCUUCCAGACGCCCAACACGCCCAGAAGAGUGCAGCCUUACCGUCUGCGUCUGAAGAAGCACCAUGCCAAGGCGCUGGUGGAGCGCCACUGAGCUCAGAGGCGCCGGACAGCCCUCCAGGCCAGAGGAAGCGGAUCUCUGCCACCGAUGGGACAGCAGGAGAGAGUGACCACCAAGAACCUCAACGACAGCAAAGUGGAGGGAAGGAUGGACGGAGGAGAGUGAAGCUGGGAGGCGGAGGAGUGGUGCAUCGCUCUGGUCCACAGGAUCUCUUCACCCCAUCCACCCACCCACCCAAACACUCUCCCCUCUUUAACUCUGGAAAACCUCCAGUGCUCUCCAACACAACUGGACUUUGGACAUGAUUGGUGUAAAACAAGAGUUUUGGAAAAUUUGAAUCUAAUGUGUGAUAUGCUUGUGAUGGAAUACUAACCCCCCCCCCCCCCCCCUUCCCCCCAAUACAUUUAACAUGUGUGUGUGUGUGUGUGUGUGUGCGUGUGUGUGCGUGUGUGUGCGUGUGUGUGUGUGUGUGUGUGUGUGUGUGUGUGCGUGCCCCCCACCCCUUCCAUCACCACCACCAUUGAGUUAGUGUGGAAACUGAACAGCACUUAGCUGACUCUUGUCCCUUGACCAGACGCUGUGCAGAGGACAUCUUGAAGACCAGGCGUUGCAUGCAGCAGAGCGCUCGUCAGGGCGGAGUGAAAAAGCGGCUGACUUGAUGUAGUUGUCCAAUGGUUGUGCAUGAUUUUGACAUCCCCCACCCCAACCCUCCCAGUGAUCUGUUGGCAUGGCAACUUACCCUGCGUGGCCCCUCCCACUUUUGAAAUCACUUAUCGAAAUGGAAAAAAAAGUUUUAUAUGUGCUUAAUUUACUGUAGAAAAUAUCUGUUGCUAUGCAUUUAUGUAAUAAUUCCUGUAUAUACUUCAUGUCUAUAUUUAUUUAUGUAUGCAGUAUCAUAUUUGCUGUGGGUUUGUGACUGUAUUUAGAUGUGUCUGCAUAAUGUCUGUGUGAAUGUAUGUGCCUGUGUGAACACCCCUAUGUGUGUGUGUGUGUGUGUGUGUGUGUGUGUGUGUGUGUGAGAAAGAGAGAGAGAGAGAGAUAGAAUGUUUGCUUCUCCUUAACACCCCGGUGGAGUAUUUGUUUUUGUAUAAAGACAGUAGUGUUGUACAAUCCCUGGAAACUUGUGUUCUGUACUAUUUUUUCUACCAUUAAAGUAAUCCUAGUUCCCAUGCCCCCCA